AUGAAACGAAACCAACUUCAACCUGAAGGUUAUUCAAAUCCAUCAUCAUCAUCAUUGACGGAUCAUAUAAAUAAUCAGUCGGGAUUGGCCGAUAAUUUUGAGAUUAGCUAUGUACCAGUUUCUGAAGAGGCUUUCAAUUUUGAAAACAGAGUUCAAGUGGAUGAUGAUGGAAUGAAUAAUUCCAUUCAUUACAUUCCAGCUAUUAAUCAUGAACAAGACAGUGGUGGUUCUCCCUAUAUUCCUCCAUCAAAAGACGAAUUUUUUCUCCAGUAA